GAAAAGAAGAAGAAGGCGCAGGAAAGGCAAAGUAGGCAAAGGCAAAGGAGGGAACGAGGUGGGGGUUCCAGUAUUGCAUUAGCUCGUGCUGCCCAGUCGUCUCGCGCGCUCUGCUUUCUCGCCUGGCCUUGCGCUAUUGCUGCUGCUGCUGCUAUCGUCGUCGUCCUCCUCCUGCUCUCGUGAUUGAAGAGGUGGUAGUGGUAGUGGUGGUGGUAGUGCACGAGCACCUGGACGUGGUUCUUUACUCUCUCUCUCUCGCUUCUUCUCCGGCUCGCUCGCUUGAUCAAUCCAUCCCUUUCUUCCUGCCAUUUUCCCUCGCUAGGGUUUCCUUACUUUUGCAUUUUAUUUAUUUUGUAUUCUGAGGAAAGUGCGGAGCAGUGGCGGACUUAGACACAUUAGCUCUAUCUCACUCCCGUUUUUUUUUUUUUUUGGUAUUGUUUUUGGUAUCGUUUUUGGUGCCUCGGAGACUGUCUCUUCCAGUCGUGUCGUGCCGUGUCGCGUCCUUUCUUCUCCCUCCGUUUGCGCCCCGAUAUGUUUUCGUCACGCUCCCUCCCCCCCCCUCCCCUCCUACCAUUCUGGAAACUCUUUAUCUCUGCCAGUACGCAUGGAUCGGCCCGCUCGAAGCCCUUGAAGCCUGUUUUGCUGCAGAUGCUGUGUUGUUCGUAAUGUCAGAGUGAGUGAGUGAGGGUGCGUGCACAUAGGGUCGACUGAAGUGUCAGGGAGCUUGUUUCGAAGGUUGAUAUUCUGAUUCGAUUGCGCGAUGUACUUGUGCGAUUUCUUGAUCGGGGAUUAGUAGCGGGUUGGCGGACAAGGCAGCGGAGCGGGCUGCGCUGACUGUUCCGGAAGAUUGGACGGGUUUCAUGCGACGCUAUUACAUGGACUUGUUGUAGAAAUUUUGAACUGCGUCCGUAUUCAACAAGAACCAAUGUCAGAAGGUCUCAAUGAGACUCAUGGGACGAAAGAAUUUAGCAUGCGAAGUCCUGCUUCUAGAGGAGCCGAUAGUUGCGCGGCCGCAUUGGUAACAUGUAGUCUAGGUCGUACAGAGGAAGGCAAUGUGGCCGACUAUUCAGGACAAGGGAUACGAAGCUCAAUUUUUAAUUUUCAGAGGCGGUCGCGAAAACGUGCUGUUGCCCCUGAGAAGGCUGUUUCACCUGGUCUCACCUGUAUGUCUGAGCCGUUGCCUCAAGGGGACACGGCUAACGACGUUGAUCUGCCAAAACAGAGCAUAGGGAAACAUUAUUCCCCCCGGAGUUGUGAGUUGCCCUCCAUUAAAUCCCUUGUCUCCGAUGAUGAUGGUGAGGCUAAGCGCACAGCACCACUCGACGGCUUGGAAGAUGUGGGUUUGGAUUCAGUUACUGGAGAGAAGGUUCUUUCCAAUGGCGAUUUUUAUGUCGGUACGUGGCAGGGAAGUUUGCCGGAGGGGCCGGGCAAAUAUUUGUGGGCAGAUGGGUGCAUGUAUGAAGGAGAAUGGGGAAGAGGCAAAAAGUCCGGACAGGGUAAGAUCUCCUGGCCAUCUGGGGCCACUUACGAAGGUGAAUUUAUGGGAGGGUAUAUGCAUGGGUUCGGCACAUACAUGGGAACCGGAGGUACAACUUACAAGGGCCAAUGGAGUAUGAACGACAAGCAUGGGCAGGGUCGGAAGAGGUACGCGAACGGAGACGUUUACGAAGGAGCUUGGUAUAAGGGAGUUCACGAAGGCGUGGGCAAGUACACCUGGGCAAGUGGAAACGAGUAUAAUGGGGAAUGGAGAGGAGGUACAAUGUGUGGUAAGGGGGUAUUAACAUGGGUUAGCGGAGAUAAAUUUGUUGGGCAGUGGCUGGAUGGGUUGGAACAUGGACGCGGAGUAUAUGUGUGGGCAGACGGGAGUUCUUACAUUGGAACUUGGAGUAGGGGCCUGAAAGAUGGGAAAGGUGUGUUCUAUCCUGCUGGUACUCGAGAUUUGCAAGCGACUCGAAACAGUGACGUAGGUGGUGUUUCAAGCUGUGCUCAUUUCAGUGGGGAACUCCGUCCUUUGCGGUGGUCUAGAAGUAGAUCCACAUCAUCUGAAAAGAUUCCUCAUUUCGGAGAACUGUCCAGGAGCGGAGAUCUUACCAACAGUAUCCAGAGACGAUGGAGCAUUGAUGGCCCAGCUGAGAAAGGGCUUGGAUUGGAAGGUUAUGGUAGUGUUCGUAACUCAGACACAAUCCUGGAAGAUGUGGAACGGGGGUCUGAUCGGAAACCAUUGGAAAGUGUCGGAACUCUACCUCCUACGGUAGUUGUGAGAGAAUAUGUGCAGGGCGUGCUUAUGAGUGAGCUGGUAAAAGAGAAUGCGGAAGCUGUGGGUCAUAAGAAGAGGAGGCCUCGCAGAUCUGCUCGGGAAAUCAAAAGACCUGGAGAAACCAUAUUUAAGGGCCAUCGCAGUUAUGACCUUAUGCUGAAUCUGCAGCUUGGCAUAAGGUAUACUAUUGGCAAAAUUACUCCAGAGCCGAGGCAUGAGAUUGGUCCUAAUGACUUCGGACCUCGCGCCAGUAUACACAUGAAUUUUCCGAAGGCUGGGACGCCAAUGACCCCUAUUCACAGUUCAUCUGAUUUUAAGUGGAAAGAUUACUGUCCUAUGGUUUUCAGGCAUUUGCGAGAAAUGUUCAAGAUUGAUGCAGCAGACUACAUGAUAUCCCUAACUGGAGAUGAUGCAUUGAGGGAGCUUGUUUCGCCUGGGAAAAGUGGCAGUGUAUUUUAUCUUUCGCAUGAUGACCGAUUCAUCAUCAAAACGAUGAAGAAGGCAGAAGUGAAGGUGCUUUUGAGUAUGCUUGCAGCGUACCAUUCCCAUGUGAAAACUUAUGAAAACACCCUCAUCACUAAAAUUUUUGGCCUCCAUCGUAUCAAGCCCUACGGAGGUCAAAAGGUGCGGUUUGUAGUGAUGGGCAACAUGUUCUGUACUGAGCUUCGUAUCCAUCGGCGAUUUGACCUGAAAGGUUCAUCACAAGGGCGCUCUGCUGACAAGGUGGAAAUCGACGAAACAACUACGUUAAAAGACCUGGAUCUCAAGUAUGAGUUCCGACUUGAUCCUUCGUGGCGUGACUCACUACUACGGCAACUUGAGUACGACUGCAAGUUCCUAGAAAGUCGGGGCAUCAUGGAUUACAGUAUGUUACUGGGCCUUCACUUUAGAGCUCCUCAGUACAGAACACUUUUGACUCCAGGCGCUUCCUCUGCACGAGAUGUUCCCCCAAACGAAUCGUUUACAAGCACCAAUUUAGACGAAGGAGGGGAUGAAGAGUGGGCGAGUAACAGAGGCCUAAUGUUGGUGACGCGAGAUGCCAGUAAUGUUAGCAGCGGAACCCCUGGCAUACAUAUACGGGGAAGUCCUUUACGAGCAUCUGUGGCCGGAGACCCUGAAGUUGAUUUGCUGCUUCCAGGCACAGCUCGAUUGAGAAUACAGCUUGGAGUCAACAUGCCUGCAAGAGCUGAAUGUGUACAUAAAAAGGACAGCGAUGAAUCGAAACCUUCUGAGGGACAACUUUUUGAAGAGUCACAUGACGUGGUGCUAUAUUUUGGCAUCAUUGACAUCCUGCAAAAUUAUAACCUCAGCAAACGCAUAGAACACGCGUACAAGGCUUGCCAGUUUGAUUCGAUUUCCAUAUCUGCGGUGGAACCCAAAUUAUAUUCCAAACGCUUCCAAGAAUUUAUUCGGCAAAUUUUUCCUCCAACUCAUUUGAACGAGUGAGGUUGUCCAGUGCGAACAGCAGUUUGAGAAUCUAUUCUUGGUCAGAGAAUGUGGGAGAGAAUAUCGAGGUGAUAUAUAUAUAUAUAUAUAUAUAUAUAUAUAUAUAUUUCAAAUAACUUCUAAAGUCAUUCAUUGUAAAUGCUUGCUUGAAAGACAGGCACUUUCUUGACAACGUUGAUCGAUCAAACAUUAAUUCUAGUGCUAACCAAUCCGUACUUCACGGUUGGAUGUUUAAUUUCCACGUAUUAUCACCAGAUGAUUUUUCAGUACCCUAAAAAGAUUCAACAAAAUAUCAUUACGCGUCA